AGAGAGAGAGAGAGAGUGAUUAUUGUGGGUGAAGAAGAAAGAAUAUAAUUUUUUUCUAGGGUUUUUUUUUUUGAGAUUUAAAGUAAAGAGUUUGAAAAAGAGAUUUCGAUCAGAAUGAGCGGAGACAACGGCGGUGGUGAGAGGCGCAAAGGCUCCGUCAAGUGGUUCGACACCCAGAAGGGCUUCGGUUUCAUCACUCCUGACGACGGCAGCGACGAUCUCUUCGUUCAUCAGUCCUCCAUCAGAUCUGAGGGUUUCCGUAGCCUCGCUGCGGAAGAAUCUGUCGAGUUCGAGGUCGAAACCGACAACAAUGGCCGUCCAAAGGCCAUAGAUGUCUCUGGUCCCGACGGCGCUCCAGUACAAGGCAACAGCGGUGGUGGUUCUUCUGGCGGUCGUGGCGGUUUCGGUGGCGGACGUGGUGGGGGCCGCGGAUCUGGUGCUAGCUACGGCGGCGGUGGUGGUGGUUACGGAGGUGGACGAGGCGGUGGCCGCAACAGCGGUGGUGGUUCAUCUGGCGGUCGUGGCGGUUUCGGUGGCGGACGUGGUGGAGGCCGCGGAUCUGGUGCUAGCUACGGCGGUGGUGGUGGUGGUUACGGAGGUGGACGAGGCGGUGGCCGUGGAGGCAGCGACUGCUACAAGUGUGGUGAGCCCGGUCACAUGGCGAGAGACUGUUCUGAAGGCGGCGGCGGUGGUUACGGAGGAGGCGGUGGUUACGGUGGUGGCGGAGGCUACGGAGGAGGAGGUCGUGGAGGAGGCGGAGGCGGUGGAAGCUGCUACAGCUGUGGCGAGUCGGGACAUUUCGCCAGGGAUUGCACCAGCGGUGGACGUUAAAAGGAUCGCCGGUCCGACGGUAGAGAAGAGUGAAUCGGUCAUCUCUCAAAUGUUGAUCGGAGGAUCUUAGUCUCUCGCCGUGUUCUAUCUUUAUCUUAUUAUCCGCUUUUUUGCUUAUUAUGAUGAUGGGGUCUCUCUCUGUACUCUGUCCUUCUUAGUUGUUUUUUUUCUCUGGAUGGUUUUCGGAUUAGUAGGACUUAUUUGGUUAUGCUCUACUUAAUGGUUUUAUUAUGAUGAUGGUACUACUUGUGAUGGUUGAAAUGCUUGCUACUACUGAUCUGUUUCAAGUGUUCAUAUGCAAAACAUUAUUGUGGUUUUUUCUUU